AUGGUGGACUCGAAGACAGGUCAAGACAGCUCUUCGACGACAACUAUUAGACGAACCAGUGUUCCGAAAAUCGAUACCAAAGGCUUAAUUGGAACUCCAAAUGUCUUUGACUCUAAAGAUCCUUCGAAGUCAACUUCUCUCUCGAAGAAUGUUCCCAAAGGUCCCGAAAAGACUUCAAACAAAACUCCAGACAAGGGCUCAAAACUAGAUGACAAGAGCUCUUCACUGGUAACUAAUCUGCCAAAGAGUAUGGAAUCAAAGAAUGCCUCAAAAGACUUAAAGGGAACUCCUAAUGUCUUUGGCCCUAAAGACUCCGAGAAAUCUUCAAAGAGUGGUUCCAUAGGCUUUAACAAGACUUCAAAAGAUUCUUCUGAAAAGUCCAAAACUAAAUCCAAACCCAAGACCAACAGUAAACCAAAAGCUGAUGAUAAGAGUGACUCAAAAUCUGGGGCCAAAACACAUGAUUCGAAAUCUGAUGUUAAAAAAAGUGAGAAGAGUUUGGACCCAAAGAUCGGAACACAGAGUGACUCGAAGUCAUCCGAGAAGAAGGCGAGUACUUCUAAGGGCCACGACUUAAAAGCGGUGCCAAUCGGAAAAGAUCUGAAGUCCACUCCAAAUGUCUGGAAGUCUGACACCAAAGAUACAAAACCGGACUCUAAGAUCAGUUCGGACUCCAAAAUUAGUUCAAAAGAGUCGAAAGACUUUGAAUAUGAAGACAUGUCUUCUCCCAAAUCUGACAUCAAAUCGGUAGACAAAUCAAAAUCUUAUCAUUCAUUGGGAAAGUCAUUAGCUCUUGGAUCUGAAGGGCCGUCCUCUGAGGUCAAGCCAUUCGGUGCCAGUAUUGGUAAGUCAGCCGAGAGUGAAGUGUCGCAAUCAGAAGAGGCCGCUGUUGAGGCACUCGAACCACAACCUGACGAUGGAGUUGGAGGACAGAGAAGGAACAGGGGGUACAUAUUGAUUGGUAGUCUGCUAGGGAUGGCCAUUGUCUUCGCCAUCACUAUUGAUUCUGAAGACGAUAAGCAGCUGAUCGGCAAAUGCAUAGCUAAUAACAAGUACAUGUUGACCGCAUAUAUAGGAUCUGGAUCAUUUUCAGCCAUUUAUAAAGUGAUUGAAGUGAACACUAAUAAAGAACUGGUCGUCAAACUGGAGUCAAUGGACACUAAAACUCCACAAUUAAGUCACGAGUUCCGUAUGUAUCAGCUCUUGAGGUAUGAAUGCAAUCACUGGUCGAUACCGAAGACAUACUUUUUCGGUGAAUUUCUCACAUAUCGAGCGCUCGUUUUGGAACAAUUGGGACACAAUCUGUACCUUAAGUUCGAGGAAUGCGGUCAAGUGUUUAGCGUAAAGACUGUCACCCUUUUGGCCAUUCAGUUGAUGAAUAUCUUUGAGUACAUUCACAGCCGACGCAUAGUCUAUAGGGAUGUCAAACCGGAUAACCUGUUGUUAGGAAUGGCCGGAACCGCCGGCGCCAACCGAUUACAUGUCGUUGAUUUUGGUUUAGCCAAAGAAUAUAAGGACAGAAACGGCGCUCACGUCCCAUACAAAGAAGAGGUGUCUUUAACGGGAACCGCGAGAUAUAUGAGUAUUAAUACACAUCUGUAUAGAGAGCAGAGCCGUAGAGACGAUAUGGAAGCCGUCGGACAUCUGUUGAUAUACUUCUUGAGGGGAACCCUUCCGUGGAGUGGACUCGACAUCAAUGACACUGUCAAACGGUUUGAGACGAUCGGUGCCAUCAAACAGAAGACCACACCAGAGGUCUUGUGCGCUAACUUUCCUCAAGAGUUUGCGAUGUAUUUAACAGCCGUUCGGUCGCUCGGUUUCGACGAAGAGCCCAAAUAUGAGACAUUUCGACAUAUGUUUGAACAGAUUGUGACCAAAUCGGGUGAUAAAGUGGAUAAUUGUUACGAUUGGAUGGACACCAAAGGCCCGACAAGACCCGCAAGUGGUGUCAAAACCGAGUCAAACACUACUCUCAACGAAGACAUCAAUAAAUUGUGA